AUGUUUCCAAUGGCGCCAAACAUCCAUUGUUUUGCGAGCCGUGGGUUUGGUUCCCUCGUACGCUAUUCCUCAGCUGUCGGUUCCCGCAGAACCGGCACUCGACCCCCGAAUUCUUGCUACAACCGGCCGUCACUGGCUUCCNGCAGACAAUGUAUCGGCGAUUGGAUUGCCAGCGAUCGACACCACUGUCCGGAGUGUCGCCGACCGCUGGCCACUGCGGUCGACACGGUCUACAACUUUACGAUCAAUUCAAUGGUCGGCGAAAUGCACGUCAAGUGUCGCUACGAGUCCGAGGGUUGUCUCGAAGCGCUAGAGUUGGCUCUAAUGACCGCUCACGAGGCCGUCUGCGCGUAUCGAUUGUGUCCGACGUGUGGACUCAGCAUCGGAUCAGCCAAUGGCGGUCACGUCUGUCCGCCGCCACUGAUGGGCGAUACAGCGCCUGAAGAUACCAAUCUUCUGGACAUCGAUCCGUCACUAAUCCAAAUGAUUGAGAACGAAAUCAUUACCGAAUUAGAGCCCAUGGACUGGUCGGACGUCGCGGGCCUCGAGUUCGAGAAGAAUAAGAUCAAAGAGAUCACAGUUUUGCCACUCCUUCGACCGGAUCUGUUCCAAGGCCUUCGAAAGCCGCCGAAAGGUAUUCUGCUAUUCGGACCGCCGGGCACUGGGAAGACAUUUCUGGGCCGUUGUAUCGCAUCGCAGACCAAAUCGACGCUCUUCUCGAUAAGAGUGUCGGCGCUGAACAGCGAAUGGAUGGGUGAGUCAGCGGUGACUCUUCGGGCCAUAUUUGCCGUCGCGCGCGCCCGACAGCCGUCAGUGGUCUUCAUCGAUGAAAUCGAUUUACUGUCGGACAGCGAACAGUCGUUCCUUCAAAUGAAGGCAGUAUUUAUGGCCCAAUUUGAAGGCAUAAGGACUCAAUCGGACGACAAGUUGUUGAUAAUCGGCGCCACUAAUCGACCGCAAGUGUUGGACGGCGCGAUCCGACGCCGUCUGUCUACCAGACUCUACAUACGACUGCCCGAAGCGAGCGCUCGCAAACAGAUUAUCGAGAAGUGCUUGAAUGGUGUGAAUCACUCGUUGAACGAUUCGCAGAUGCAAGCGUUGGCCGACCGAACCGAUGGCUACUCGUGCGCUGAUAUGAAAGACUUGUGCCACAAGUCGGCACUGGAACCGAUGCGCGACUCAAUCAUUAUGACUAACACUAAUAGUCGCCAAAACUGA